AUGACAAUCCCUGUUACACCCCUCGAAGUCGAAAUUCCUCGUCCCAAGGAUGUUGGUAUCCUGGGCAUAGAAGUCUACUUUCCCCUUCGUUCCAUCUCUGAAGCCGACCUCGAAGAGUUCGACGGUGUGUCGAAGGGCAAAUACACAAUCGGUCUCGGUCAGGAAUACAUGGCCUGGCCUGACGACCGUGAAGAUAUUAACUCUUUCGCGUUGAAUGCCGUCUCUGGUCUCCUCGAGAAAUACAAAAUCGACCCUAAAUCCAUCGGGCGUAUCGACGUUGGUACAGAGACUAUCAUUGACAAGUCAAAAUCAGUCAAAACCCAUCUCAUGGAUUUGUUCACCGAAUGCGGCAACGGUGACAUCGAGGGUAUCGAUUCCAAGAACGCCUGCUACGGCGGUACUGCAGCGCUCUUCAACGCUGUCAACUGGAUCGAGUCCACCUCGUGGGAUGGCAGGAACGCAAUCGUUGUUGCUGGUGACAUUGCGGUAUAUGCUGAGGGCCCUGCUCGACCUGCUGGUGGCGCGGGUGCUGUUGCUAUGCUGAUUGGUCCCAAUGCUCCUCUCGCUCUUGAACCCGUGCACGGCACUCACAUGUCAAACACUUACGACUUCUACAAGCCCAAUCUUACAUCUGAAUACCCCGAAGUCGACGGACCCGUAUCCGUCGUCACUUAUACCUCGGCACUUGACUUCGCCUACAACGCUUAUCGCGAAAAAGUCGCGCGAUUCGCAAAACGGGCAGGCAUCAGCGGUCAGCCCAGCUUUUCCAUCGACUCUGUCGAUUAUGCCAUUUUCCAUAGCCCAUACGGCAAACAAGCUGUCAAAGGACAUGCCCGUAUGCUCUACAACGACUUCCUUGCAUCUCCAACCUCAUCCAAAUUCGCCAACAUCGCCGACGCUGAGGCAUUCCGUACCCUAUCCCAAAAAGCCUCUCUCUCCGACAAGAACCUCGAGAAAGCGUUCAUCACUGCCGGCAAGGCUUCUUUCAAGGCCCAAGUCGACCCUGGAAUGGCUUGCUCCAAACGACUUGGUAACAUGUACACUGCCAGCUUGUAUGGUUGCCUGGCUUCGUUAAUUGCAAACGUUGAGCCCUCUUCGUUCAAGGGCAAGCGCGUGUCACUCUACUCGUUCGGCUCUGGGUGUGCCGCCAGUUUCUUCACCAUCAAGGUGAAGGGUGACACCACCGAGAUGAGGGAGAAAAUGGAUUUGACAAAUCGGUUGGCAGCUAUGAAGGUUGUUCCCUGCCAAGACUUCGUCGAUGCCUUGAACCUUCGCGAAAAGAACCACAAUGCGAAAGACUACGUUCCCGAAGGUUCCAUUGAUAACAUCUGGCCUGGAGCCUACUACCUUGACAGCAUUGACAGCAAAUUCCGGCGCAAAUACCUUAAGGCUCCUGUCGUUUAG